GGGUCUGAAAUUGAAUCUCAGGCAUGCACAGAAACAGCCAGGCACAGCUGUGCAUGCCUGUAAAACCAGCAUUAAGGAGCAGAGACAGGAGGAUUUGGCUGGCUCAUUGGCCAUCAAGCCUAGACAAAACAUAGAGCUUCCAGUUCAGUGAGAGACCCUGUCUUGAGGCAAGAAGCUGGACAACAGAGGAAGAUGCCUGGCAUUCCACCUUCUCCUCCACACGGGAGCUCAUGUGUGCAAAACACAUGCAUGCGUGCACACACACACCUGCCUACAUUUACAGCUGUCGCCCAGUGUGUUCUUAGAGAAAUGUUUGAAGCACUAGAUUUCUGGCCUCCUCCAAGUCAUCCAGGGACGAGGAAUCUGGCUCCCUAGCACCAGGACGUGGUUUCAGAACCACACUUUGAGAAACCACACUUUGCUUUGGGAACGGCAGCAGCAGCAGCAGCAGCAGCAGCAGCAGCAGCAGCAGCAGCCAGAGAGCAGAAAUAUCCAGUGUGAAAAUCAUUCACCAAUAAAGAAGGACCCGAUGGGCUCACCUGUGUCUCCAUUCAGAAGAUGUCCGGUCUGGGAACAAGAGCUGGCAAACAAGUACUCCUGUAAGCUGGUGGUCUUUCUUGCUGAUGAAUACUGCAACUACUGUCGAGACAUUUUACAGAAUGUGAGGAACCAAGAACUGGAGAAGGUGGAGGAUUUAAUCACAUCCUUCUGGAAAUCUCGGCAGCAAGACACAGUCAUGCUCAUGUCUCUGCCCGACGUGCGCCAGCUCUUAGGAUGCUAUGACAUGCAGCUGUAUAAGGGCCUGGAAGACAUGCUGCUCCCCGACUUCCUGGAGGACGUUAGUAUCCAGUACCUGAAAUCUGUCCGGCUGUUUAGUAAGAGAUUUAAACUGUGGCUUCUCGGUGCUCUGGAAGGGUUUCCUGCCAUCUUACAGAUCUCUAAGCUCAAAGAAGUCACUGGAUUCGUCAAAAGACUCAGGAGAAAGACGUACCUUUCCAACAUGGCGAAGACGAUGAAAAUGGUCCUGAAGAACAGCAGGAGAAUCGGCCUCUUGAAGUCAGACCUUCGUGCCAUCAUCAGAGAAGGCACUCUGGAUAUUUCGAAGAAGGUCCUGGAAGGUGACUCCGACCAUGAAGAGGAGCCAGAGAGCCACACAGAGAUGAAAUGCUUAGGCUGUUUAAUUUCUUUGCUGGAAACUUCAACAGAUCUUGCUGAACUCCUGAACUGUGUGUCUUCAAACCUCCAAGUGCUUGUCUUCCAGCCGAGCAAAAACAAAGAGGAUUUUAUCAAGCUCGCUGCCAGCUUUCAACUGAAAUGGAAUUUUCUUCUCACCGCCGUGAGCAAAGCCAUGACCCUGAGCCACAGAGACAGUUUCGGUGCCUGGCAUCUGUUUCAUCUGCUGCUCUUGGAAUAUGUGAUUCACAUCCUGGAGUCAUGCAUAGAAGAGGAGGAAGAGGAGGACCUGGGGAGCCUCCAGGACCUGCUGUCAGAUGACCAGUUCCUCACCCAGCCAGACCAGGCCCUUUUCCACCCUCUGGAUUCUUUGCCAACAUCGGAAUGUGCAAGCCGGAAUGUGGAGUCACCUCAGGUGACGCUGAAACACACGAGCCAGAGCUGCGGUCCCAUGGGCAUGGGCAGCGUGGUUCUCCAGGUGCUGGGCUUCCUGGUGGACACCGCCACAGGCAAUAAGCUUGUCCAGGUAUUGCUGGAGGACAAAACCACUGAGAGCGCUGUGAAGCUCAGCCUUCCCGUGGGACAAGAGGCCCUCAUAACCCUAAGCAAUGGACAGAGGUUUGUGAUCCACAUAUCAGAUGUGCCCCAAAGCUCAGAAAACACGUAUUGCAGGAAAAGCAACGCGAACGUGCAAGGUGGUUUGCUGGAGUAGGGUGUGAGGAAGCAGGCUUGAGUUCUCCAAACAUGUGUGGAACCCUAAAGUUUUUGUAUUGAUCUCGGAGACUUUAAUGUAUAUAAUAGAUGAGGCGUUUUAUGUUUGUAUGUAUUUUGAGGAAUUGUAUUUGAUCAAACUAUAAACUAAUUUUGAGAAUAAUC